AUGGGCCAGUGCCCACAUCAUGGAUACGAAAGUUGGCGUCUUGUCAGCUAUUUCUACGAUGGUCUCACAGCCGACAAAAGACAAUUCGUACAAAUGAUGUGCAAUGGCGACUUCCUUCAGAAAGAUCCCGAAGAAGCUUUGGAAUAUCUUGAAGAAAUCUCUGCAAAACCCUACACAUGGAGUGCACCAAGUCCUACGGAUAAGCCACGAACAGCCGGAGUCUACCAAUUGAAGGAGGAGGAUAGUGUGAAAGCUCAACUUGAAGCUCUAAAAAAACAAUUUGAGGCUUUCAAAACUCAAGAAGGUAAAGCACUCCAAAUGGUUGCAACAGUGGAAAAGCAAGAACCAUGCUUUAUUUGUGGAGGGACAGAUCAUCAACCACAAGAGUGCCCUAAUCUUAGUAUGUUGAGGGGAGGAAAUGAGGAACAAUGUAAUGCCUUAGGGGAUUACAAGAAGCCUUAUAAUGCCUACUCCAACACAUACAAUCCUGGUUGGCGUAACCAUCCCAAUUUCAGUUGGAAGGAUACAAGUCAAAAUCAAGCAUCUGGGAGCCAAUGGAAACCUGAUCAACAAAAUAAUUCUCUUGAGAAUUCCAUGAAAAUUCUCGCAGACUCUCAACUAGAGUUCAGGACUUAUUUUGCUCAGGUGAUAGAGGAAUUGAAGGACAUAAAGAUUCAAUUAACAAAGUUAAAUGAUUCUUCAGCCAUUCAAGAGCGUGGUAAGCUUCCCGCUCAACCUCUACUCACUGCCAAAGGGCAACAUAUGGCACAAACCUCUACUUCUUUAGAGUCUAAUCCAAAGGGGGUUAAUGCCAUUACUACUCGAAGUGGUCAAAGAACAGUAUCACCAUUACCUAAGACCACUAGUGUACCAAUACCUGCUCCAAAUGCUAAUAUGCCACAGAACCUUCCAGUGAAGGUGCCCUUCCCUCAGGCUUUGAAAUCUUCUAGGAAGGUACUGGAAAAUCAUGGUGAAAUCCUAGAAAAUUUAAAAACAAGUGAAGAUCAACCUGCCUCUCUUGCGUGUGAUCAAACAAGUACCAGCAUAUGCCAAGGUCAUCAAGGAUUUAUGCACCAUAAAAAGAAAACACCAUGUCAAGAAAACUGCGUUCUUGACAGAACAAGCUUAGGAGAAAUCAAGCCCACAUCUAUGGUGCUACAAUUGGCUGACGGUUCAAUUAAAAAGCCACGAGGAAUAGUUGAAGAUGUCUUGAUUAAAUCUGAGGUUAAUACUGAGUCAAAAAUUCCCAUCAUUCUCGGUAGGCCUUUCCUUGCAACAGCCAAAGCUCUCAUUAACUGUAGGAAUGGUCUCAUGAAAUUAUCUUUCGGGAAUAUGACUAUGGAGGUCAAUAUUUUUCAUGUUGUGAAACAACCACCAGAGGAGGUGGAAGAUUGCUAUCAUACUGAUGUGAUAGACACAAUUGUUGAGGAGGAAGUUCUUUUGCAUGAUGAUUCUGAUUCUUUAAAUGAUCUCCUCCAUGACUUUGAUACUGAAAAUAAGCUUUAUCCACCUGAGGAAGCUAAUGUUUCUUCCAUUCUUGAGAUGUCCCAAGAUGAAGCAUCACCGUCGCAAUAUGAGAAUUUGCGAUUCCAGACCCGAUCUAUGAAACGCUUCUUCGGGUCCAUGUGCGAUAUUGACAAAUUCUGGUAA